UAUGAUCUUGAAGAUUAUGAGGAAUAUCUAAAUAAUCAUAUAACACCCAGCUGGGCAGAAUGGAUAUUUGUUGUCAUUUAUUUUUUGACUUUUAUUAUGGGACUUGUGGGCAACUCUCUUGUGGUUUUUGCUGUGUGGAAGAAUCACAGCAUGCGAACAGUGACCAAUGUAUUUAUUGUUAAUUUAGCUAUUGGUGACUUUCUGGUGAUUAGUUUAUGUUUGCCACCAACGCUGGUUCAGGAUAUCACAUUUACCUGGUUUCUAGGUUUAACUAUGUGUAAACUUCUCUUGUUUCUUCAGAAUCUGUCGGUAUCUGUAUCAGUUCUGACGUUGAGUGCUAUCAGCAUUGAGAGAUGGUACGCUAUUUGUCAUCCACUGAGAUUCAAAUCAACAUUAUCGAGGGCCAGAAAUAUGAUCAUCAUCAUCUGGAUUGUUUCGGCAGGUGCAGCAUUACCUGAGCUAGUUGUUGCCCAAACCUACCCAUACGUUUACAAACCGCCAUUUACAUCGUUCUUAUUGACAUCUUGUCGUCCAUCUUGGGAUCCUUGGGUACAAUCAAUCUACCAAACAGCAUUAAUGAUAGUUAUGUAUUUAUUCCCUUUGACUUUAAUGGCUCUCACUUAUGCUAAUAUAGCAUACGUUUUGUGGCGUAAAGAAAUACCCGGAGAAAUACGUAAGUAUGAGCUGUCUUUUUUGCUUACGUCGGCCAGUCUGCUAUUUUCCCCCAAUAGAGCUAUACGUAAGCCAUCCAUAACACUUUCAAUGAUAAAAAAUAAGUUACAAUCCAGAAGAAGGGCUGCUAAAAUGUUGAUUACGAUUGUUGUUGUGUUUGCUUUAUGUUAUUUACCUGUGCAUCUGCUCAAUAUGUUAAGAUAUUUUGGGGUAUUGGUGGACCUAGAUGAAGAGAAAGCCACUUUACAGUCACUGGCAUCACAUUGGUUACCCUAUUUAAACAGCUCAAUCAAUCCAGUCAUUUAUAAUUUCAUGAGUGGUAGGUGG